AUGGCCCCGGCGAAGGUCGGGGGCGAGCGGGCCGCGCCCCUCGGCUGGGCGGCCGCCGAGACGGAGUGCGGCAUCUGCUGCGAGGGCUUCGACGGGCGCGCCCGGCGGCCCAAGCUGCUCGGCUGCCGCCACCAGGUGUGCGCCCGCUGCCUGCGCCGGAUGGCCGAGGCGGGCCGCUCCCCCGCCGGGCUGCGCUGCCCCUUCUGCCGGCAGGAGACGCCGGUGCCGGGCGAGGACGUGGCGCGCCUGCCGGACGACGGGCGGGUGCUGGCGCUGCUCGGCCACCCAGGCGGCCCGCCGCCCUCCCCGGAGCUGCUGCUCUGCCCCGGCGUGCUGGAGCCCUCGGCCGACGGCAAGCGCCGCUCCUCGGACUGCCUGGUCAUCACCCUGCUGGAGGUGCCGGAGGACGCGGCCGCCCCCGCGGGGCUGGACCUGGUGGACGUGAUGCGCUUCUACCGCCCGCCCAGCCUGGCCUCCUUGCCCUGCCGCGGCCCGCAGCCCCUCUGCCCUGGCUCCUGGGGGCCCCGGCGCGCCGUGCCCCGGUUCGUGCUGGGCCUGCUGGGCCUGGUCUACUUCAGCUCCCUGCCCUUAGGCAUCUACCUGCUGCUGGUGGAGCGGCCCAACCUGGGCCUGGUGCUGGUCAGCCUGGUGCCCUCCAGCCUCCUGCUCUGCGUCUUCUACAGCCUCUGCCAGUGCCUCUGCCAGGACCUCUUUGACCUCCCCACCUGA